GCUCUGCCUGUCACUGGCAGCGGCACUCUGCACAAUGCACAGACAGCAGCAGCAGAGCUGAGACAGCGCUGCCAGGGAGGAGUCCUGAGCCCACCAGGAGCCCCUGGCACUGCCUCACCCUCUCCUUACUGUCCCUCUCUCUCUCCCUGCCUGCUACUGAUCCGGGGAUCCCCUGCCUGCAAUGCCCAUAAGUCUGAGCUGCUGCUGGCUGCAGUGAGAAGGAGAAGAACUGCCAGCAAGUGCUGCUGCUGUGUCCGGGGCUCAGGAUCUUCUCCUUCUUCUGCUGCUGCUUUACCCAUCCCUGUGCUGGAGCAGCACACACAUACCCAAGCACAUAGACCCGCACCCACAUCUUUCCCUAGGAUCCCAGUUUAUUCCACAGCCUCCCACGCUGCCUUUCCCCCCCACACAGUUCUGCAUGGUGAUUCUGGAAGGAAGGGUGGGCAAUCCAGCAUGAGACGAGGAUGAUGCCAGCAAGGAAAGGUCCGGAGAGCAGAUACCCCCUGCACUAUCUGGUGUGGCACAAUAAAUACCGGGAGCUUGAGAAGGAGAUCCCGGAGAAGCAGGACCAGAUUGAACAGGUGGACCCCCGGGGACGGACCCCCCUGCAUCUUGCUACUACGUUAGGUUACCUGGACUGUGCCAGAGUACUGCUGAACCAUGGAGCUGAUGUCAGCAAGGAGAACCGCAAUGGAUGGACUGUGCUGCAGGAGGCCGUCAGCACACGCGACCUAGAAUUGGUCCGGUUGAUUUUACGGCAUCGUGACUACCAAAGGACCAUUAAGCGCCUGGCAGGGAUACCCGUCUUAUUGGAGAAACUACGCAAGGCACAGGACUUUUAUGUAGAAAUGAAAUGGGAGUUUACCAGCUGGGUGCCCCUGGUCUCCAAGAUCUGUCCCAGUGACACUUACAAGGUUUGGAAGAGUGGGCAGAACCUACGUGUGGACACCACCCUGCUUGGGUUUGAUCAUAUGACUUGGCAACGAGGGAACCGCAGUUUUAUCUUCAGGGGACAAGACACUAGCGCCGUGGUCAUGGAAAUUGAUCAUGACAGAAGAGUUGUCUUCUCUGAAACUCUGACGUUAGGUUCUCAGGACCAAGAAGUUCUGCUGGCUGCUGUGCAGCCCACCGAAGAACAGGCCAUGAGCCGCCUGACAGCCCCUGUGGUCACUACUCAGCUGGACACCAAGAACAUUGCCUUUGAGAGAAACAAAUCAGGAAUCCUGGGGUGGAGGAGCGAGAAAACUGAGGUUAUCAGUGGCUAUGAGUCCAAGGUCUAUGGAGCUUCCAAUGUAGAAUUAAUUACUAGAACCCGCACAGAACAUUUAUCAGACCAGCACAAGGGAAAGAGCAAAGGCAGUAAAACCCCUCUGCAAUCAUUCCUAGGGAUAGCUGAGCAGCACGUAGGACCAAACAAUGGGCAGACAUUAAUCACCCAGACUUUUAGCCAGACCAACCCAACAGCCAUCACACCAGAUGAAUACUUUGACCCUAACUUUGAGCUGGGACACCGGGACAUGGGGAGGCCGAUGGAGCUCACUACCAAAACUCAGAAGUUUAAAGCCAAACUCUGGUUGUGUGAGGACCACCCCUUGUCCUUAUCAGAACAGGUGGCGCCUAUCAUUGACCUCAUGGCAAUAAGCAAUGCACUUUUUGCAAAACUUCGUGACUUUAUCACUCUCAGGCUACCCCCGGGAUUCCCUGUCAAAAUUGAAAUUCCUAUAUUCCACAUCCUGAAUGCACGCAUCACAUUUGGGAACCUGAAUGGAUGUGAUGAGCCAGUAUCAUCCCUUCGUCAGAGCCCCAGCAGUGAGGCCCCCUCUCCAAGUAGUGACUCCUGCAGUGUUAGCAGCACCAGCUCUAUAAGUAUGACGCCAAAGCAGGGGGAGACGGGACAGAGGGACUCCAACACAUCUGGACGUGGAUGUGAAAUGGACCAGUCUCUGUUUGAAGCCCCUCGAGGGUACAGUGUGGUUGGGAGUUAUCGUGAAACCAUGCGAGAGGAGGAGGAUGACCUGCUCCAAUUUGCCAUCCAGCAGAGUUUGCUAGAAGCUGGUAGUGAAUAUGACCAGGUAACCAUUUGGGAAGCUCUUACAAACAGCAAACCAGGAACAAACCCAAUGUCAAACGAAGGGCGGAAAGGAGAGAGAACCCCCCAGCACACACAGCCAUGCAGCCCCCCACAUACAGUUUCUAGCAACGUAUUCACCACUUAUCAGGAGCAACUGCGGAUAGCCAUGGAGCUCUCAUCCAAGGAACUGGAGGAAGAGGAGAAGCUGAAGCAGCAAGAAGAGGAAGAGCUGGAAAGGAUCCUACAGCUCUCCUUAACUGAGAAAUAGCUGGACAUCAACUUUAUAAGACAAGCACCCAAGGAGGUCUAGCCAAUUUACCGAAGGACUCACUUGGGGAGGCAAGGGUCUAGACCGUUGUCUAAAACAUUCAUCAGGGACAGCAAUGGGUGCAUAAUUCUGUUACACACAAUGCAUUGCAACAUGAGCCAGCAACAGGGGUCACACCACUGUAGCCUUUUGUUGACAUACUUCCCACUCUCCCAGAUUUAGGAAGUGUCAAAUGAACUGAUGUAAUUUAACAGAACACAGACACUAGGUACAAACUCCGAGUGGGCGGGGUCACCCUAUCAUGCCAUAGUGGAUAGGUUGAUUGUUAUAUCCUUUUUGCUACUGGAGGUAAAAGCAGGAUACUGACGUAAUUAUGGAUUGUAAACUCUCCAGCAGCAAACUGGUUUAUUUUAACAGUAUGAUAAUCCAACAGGAGAUGGACAUCCUGUAAUAGUGGCCUCCACACAGGGCUGUAGUCGGAUGUUAAGAAAAUGUUUGGAGAUUGUGUGCGCAAUAUAUGUUUAUUCUUUAAUUAUCAGGGUCAGUUCUAUGUUAGUGGUAUCAAAUUAUGACAAAAAGUAUAUUAAAUGUUUCUGAAUUUCUGCAACAGAAGACAGAGAGAAGCUUGUUUUCUCCUCCUACAACCUCCCAGAAACGACGCCACAUGUUUCUGGAUGAUGUGCAGUUACCACAAAUUCCACAAAUGGACUGAAAAUUGGGGUUUUCCUUUCAUAUAAAUUAAAAAAAUUCCAUGUUUGAUGUAAAAUAAAAUGGUAAUAAAAGGAGCUGCCACCUCAGAACCGUUAA